AUGGCCCGGCCGGCCAAUGGCACCGAAGAAGAUGUACAGGAACUCGAGUUCUCCAUGAUCGACCAGGCCGACUACAGUGGGAUCGACGAGUACAUCAAGCGACAUGGUCUUCAAGACGCCAGCCUGGCCGAGGCCCGACGCGCCAAAGUGUACAAUAUCAAUGGCGGAAAGGCCGAGGAUCCCGAGGCCGCCGCAACGAAGACCGAAGGUGACGAGGAAAGCGAACUGCAAAAGGCCCAGCGAGAGCUUGAGGACCAGGAGGAUGAGGAAGAAGAGGACUACGACCCCGGCAGUGAGGGGGAAAGUGAAGGCAGCGGCGGCUCCAGCAGCGAGGGAGAUGAGGACGGUGAUGAGUUCCACGAGGAUGCGGACCAGGUCAGCGAUGGCGAUGACGAGGACCUGCUCAAGGAGGAGGGCAGUGAUGACCCGGACGAGUAA